AUGCACCAUAUCGUCAUCUUGACCGAAUCGUUCGGUCUUCCCCUUCAACACGCUUCCCGGGUCUUCGAAGCUCGUCGCAGGGGUCACAACCCCAACAACGCGAUCAACAUCCUAGACUUCGCAGCAUCAGAGGGGUCGCACUCUCCAUCCAUUCGAACACAGACCAUCGAAGAAUACUUGGAAACGACGGAUUUCGUGAGCGACUGCUCCGCGAUGGAUGCCAGGGUGGAGAAGAUGAUGCGGGACUUUCAGAGGAAAACGUCGCCUGUCAAGACGCGCCUGACGGAAGCGCUCAUCCCCUGGGGCACCACCCAACGGAUCGCCAUUCUGUACGAACAUUUAGAUGAUGGGGCUGCGGGCCUUUGGGGUCUCGUCAGAACGACGGUUAGAUUCGAGUAA